GCCCAAAGGCGGUCAGCUGAUUUGGAGGAGAGGAAGCGAAACUUAACUUUCUCUUUUCUUCUGGAAGCGGCGAUGGCUGCCGAAGCGCCCUUGCAGGGUUUGCUGGAAGAAGCCACCUGCUCCAUUUGCCUGGAGUUUUUCCAGGACCCCGUGCUCAUCCCGGAGUGCGGGCACAACUUCUGCCGGGGCUGCCUGACCCGCAGUUGGGGGACAUCGGAAUCAAAGGCUUCCUGCCCCCAGUGCAGACGGAUCUUCGCGCCCCGCAACCUCCUCCCCAACAGACAGUUAGGGCGGAUGGUGGAAGAGGCCAGGCGAUGCGGAGGUCCCAGGGACGAGGAAGGCGGGAGCUUCUGCCCGAAGCACCGGGAGCCCCUGAAGCUCUUCUGUAGGGACCACGAGACCCUCAUCUGCGUGGUCUGCGACCGAUCCAAAGAGCACAAGGGCCACUCGGUGAUCCCUGCGGAGGAGGCUUUCCUGGAAUACCAGAUUAAGGUUGAGGAUUUCCUGAAGGCUCAGAAGGAGCAGAAAGAAAAAAUAGCUACAUACAAAAGCCACACAGAGCAAAGAGUGCAGGAGAGGCUUGACAUCAUCAAAAACCUAAAAAAACAUGUAGUGGCUGAAUUCAGCUGGCUAAAAUUCUGGUUAGAAGCACAGGAGACGUUUCUGUUGACUAAAAUGGAAGAAACAGAGAAGGACAUUAUGGCAAGAAAAGAGAAGGGUUUGGCCAAACACAUGGAGGAACUGGGCUCUCUUGAAGAUCUCAUCCAGGAGAUAGAAGAGAAACUUCAGCAGCCAGCCAGCCAACUCUUACAGGACAUUGGAAGCACCUUGAAGAAGUACCAGGCUAAGGAAACAUAUGAGAAUCCGGUGGAUUUACUUGAAGACCCGAAGUGGACAAUGUGGGAUUGCAUUGAUGUCACCUUCUUUCUGAAAAGUGCCAUGGAAAAAAUAAUAGAUACUCUGGAAAGUGGACUUCAACUACAGGAAGAGAAUGUAACUCUGGAUCCAAACACAGCCCAUCCUCACCGCCUUGACGUCUCCAAAGAUCGAAAAAGUGUCAAAGGAAUUAAGCCAGUUAAACAAAAACAUCCUGUCUCAGACGGCAAGAGAUUUGAAUAUAAUCCUUGUGUCCUUGGUUGUCAGAAGUUCUCAACAGGGAGACAUUUCUGGGAAGUUAUGGUAGGAGGUACAGGAGAAUGGCAUGUAGGGGUUGCCAACAAGCCAGUGAACUUAACAAAUGCUGAUGAGCAGAUCAGGAGCUGGGGGUUUGCGGAAUAUGGAGUGGAAUACACGGCCAUUACUCCAUCAAUAUGCUAUAACCUGGUUGUGACUGAGAAGCCCACGAGGAUCCGCAUCUCUCUCAAUUGCGAAGAGGGGCAACUGGCCUUUUUUGAUGCCAGGACCACAGCUCUGCUCCAUUCAUUCUCAGAUGCUUCCUUCAUUGGAAAGACCUUUCUGCCCUAUUUCUAUUUGGAUGAGGGCACCUGCAUGACACUCUCCUAAAAGAGGGGACCUUUGGAAAAAUCCCUAUUUGCCAAGCGAUGAUCUCUGAAAGCCUUUAAAGCAGAGAUUCCUUAGCUUUUUGCUACUUCAGCUUCCUUUAUUUCCCUAUGCCACCUUAAUCAGUCAAUCAGUCAUUAUGAAGGAAUAACCUGAUCAUCAUUUUUAUUUCUCUGGAUAAAAAAAAAUAGAUGUGCUAGGAGCUUUAUUGGCUUUAGCAUCAUGUUUUCAGGUAUAUCAGUAUUAAAGAUACCUUACAGCUAAGCCUGUCAAUCAUGAUUUUAUACGUCUGUCACAGCUCUCCAUCCCAUUUAUGGAUCAUGCUUGUUGGUUUCAUAUUAGUUGCAAUCAAUGAUUGUGUAGGUGUCCAUAAUUCGGUAUAUUCUGUAAUCUUUCCCUUCUUUUUUCUUUCCUUCCCCCUUUUUAUCCUGUUUCGUUUUAACACAUAAUUGUCAUAAUCCAACAAUACAUACAUACAUACAUACAUACAUACAUACAUACAUACAUACAAGCUUUGUAGCUUUUUCUAUCUUUUUAUACUUAUAGGUUAUCUACAAGAAUCAGAUUACUGAUUGUAAUUUUAUACAGUAGGUUUGUCAUGGAUUGUUAUUUCCUCUUUUGCAAUUUUAUGGCAAUAAAUGUGUUCAGUGUAACACAUAGAAACAGAAGAUGCCCAGAAGACAGUAGACAAAAAUAAAACAUACCAUCUGUUAUCAAGAUAGAAAAUGUGAGUCUAUGUGCCCUAAAUGUGUCACCUGGCUCAAGCCAAAAGUCAAAAAGAAUUGUUAAUAGAAUUGUAAGAAUGAAAUACAUUAUUAAAUAAAUGCAUUAUUUGAACAGAUGCCAAAUAGCA